AUGUCGUCCUCACCUCCAAAACUACGAUCACUUUAUCGCUCAUUUCUGCGUGAGCUACCACCGCGGUCCACCCUUUCCAGGGCACAAUCUCCAGUCUACCAGCGCCUGCGCGAGCACUUCCACCCAGACAAGUCGCCGGCCCUCGGCGAGCUCGCGGUUGCGCAGGCAGAGCAGUACCUCGCAUACGUCCGAGCGCAGAGGACUUACGUGACUCUUCUCGAGAGGUACAAUCCUGGCAUGGGCAUGGACGAGGAGGAGCGAGUGCGGUUGACCGCGAGAAGGGUGGGCAUGGAUCUGCCCAUUGAGUAUGGGAGCAAGAAGUGA